AUGGCCUGGCGGCGACCGUUUGGUAAAGGAAGUGGUGCAACGGGAACGGUAGUGGAAGAACAAGGGAGGCAAGUUUCCACUGGUAGCGUCCAGUACAUUGGCGAGAAGGGAGGUAACGAUGCGCCGCCUACUUACCAGGAUGCCUCAGGUGCGCCUGUUGAGCACAACUCCCCGUUGGGAUACUCUGUCGGUCCAGUGACAAUCACCUUGCUGAAUAUCACCAUGAUGAUUGGCGCUGGUAUUUACUCUACGCGUAGGUUCUGA